AUGCGUGAGCACCCCAGUCGCAGUCGCCAUUUGGUCGCGCUUUUCCGACCAGCCGAACCGCCGAGCGUAACAGCUUUUAUCUCCGGACGAGGGCAGUCGACAGCGUGGUUUCCGGGUGUGUGUGAGUCGUCAUUUUUCCGCCAUCCUCCUCCUUCUUAUUCUUUUGCUGUCGAUGCUCAGGGUCCGACUCGACUGUCCGGCGUCGUUCCGACCACCCCUUCGCCAUCAUUUGCCCAACAGAAGUGUGGCCGCCGCCACUCCAAGUAA